GCCGGCAGCGGGAAGCUACCGCCGUCCGAGCCGCGCGGGGAGAGGCGAGGCGAGGCGAGGCGAGGCGGGGCGGGGCCGAGCGCAACGGGAAGGGGAAGCCGCGCGGGUCGGGAGCCGCGCUGCGCCAGCCGGGCUGCAGCUGCCGCGCACCAAGCGCUGAGAUGGGGCUGGAGACCGAGAAGGCGGAUAUCCAGCUCUUCAUGGACGAGGACUCCUACAGCCGCCACAGCGGCGUAGAUUACGCCGACCCCGAGAAGUUCGUGGAUCCGGGCAGCGACCGAGAUCCCCACCGGCUCAACUCGCAUCUCAAGGUGGGAUUCGAGGAUGUGAUUGCAGAGCCCGUGUCUACGCACUCUUUUGACAAAGUGUGGAUCUGCAGCCACGCUCUCUUUGAAAUCAGCAAAUACGUGAUCUACAAGUUCCUGACGGUGUUCCUGGCUAUCCCCUUGGCUUUCGCUGCGGGAAUUCUCUUUGCCAUCCUCAGCUGUCUGCACAUCUGGAUUAUAAUGCCUUUUGUAAAGACCUGCCUAAUGGUCCUGCCUUCAGUGCAGACAAUAUGGAAGAGCGUGACAGAUGUUGUCAUUGCCCCAUUGUGUAGGAGCGUAGGACGCAGCUUCUCUUCUGUCAGCCUGCAACUGAGCCAUGACUGAAUAUUUGGACCCCAGGUCCAGAGAUUUGGAUACUGUAAUCUUCUUUGUUGUUAUAACAUAAAGGCACUACUGUUCUGUUAACUCCCCAAAUGUUCAAAUUAAGAAAGCUAUUAAGAUGGGCAAUCACAUAUAGAAAUGUUUAUUUUCAGAUCUUUUCAAAUAAUGCUUUUCUAUAUUAAAAGCCAAGGAUUUCAUAUCUAACUUUAUAACCAGAAUUAUUAAGUGGGUUGGCAACACUUAAUUUUGAAGGCAGACAGUUCUUGCUUUAGUAUGUAAGUAUACAUUUUGUAAUGAUGAAUCUAUAAUGAUCAAGGGGCAUUUCUCUCAAACACUACAAUAGUUUUGUGUACAACUGCUCAUAAAAAUAUGGAAUUUCUUAUUUUUCUUUUACUUUGGAAGCAAUACUUCUUAAAUUACCUUUGCAGGUAAAGUCAUGGGGAUACUUAGAGAUAAGAUAACACAAAGAUUCUAGAAAUUACAGUAACAAAAGCAUACAGUGAUGAUAGGGGCUCUCAAAUAUAAUAAAACAAAUGUGAAAAUAGAUUCAUGAAAAUAUGUUCCUUUAAAUAGGGCAUAGUUAACCUACAGGCAUAUUUAACAGGAUGUUUCAAUUUACUGUAUAUUUUGUACUUAUUGUAAAUGUUGCUCUAAUCAGAUUGCUUUAAAGAACUCAUUAUAUUUGUUAUCUUGUUGAGCUAAUAUAUAGGAGUAAAUGUAUCUUCCACAAGGAACUUCACUGGUGAGAUUGCACUGUCUUGAUUACAUAAGCAUAUGCAUCUUCUUUGGUAAUAGAAUGGAAAAGAGAGAUAUACAAGGCUUUUCUUUCUAACUUUUCCAAGCAAAAUCCUGAAGUGUUUUAUGGCUGAUGUUUAUCUGGCUGUGAUCUUAAUACAAACCCAACUGAUAUUUCAUCUAGGAGAUGCUUUCUGUCUUGUAAUUAGAAAUUAAACCUGUAUUCUGCAUUCCUAUUAAUGUUUCACUUUACCUUCAAGUAAUAUUGGUGCUAUUUAAUAACAUUUUAAAAUAAAGGCUAUUUCUGACACUUAAGUACAAUUUCAACUACAGUAAUUCAUGUAGUAAUUUCAGGAGAGUUGUCAAUUUACUGGGUCCACGCUAGUGAGCUACGUAUAUAUAAAUUAAAAACUAACAGCUGCAAACUUUCAAGAUGUUAUCUAAUAUGAGUCUUGUACACAGUAUAAAAUUGUUCUUAUUAUUUUUGAACUGUAGAGUCCUAUUUCAGUGUUAUGAGUCACUGUUGUUUAAAAAAUCUCUAUUGCAAAAUGAUAGGCAUGUACAAAAGAUGUCUGUGAUGUGAGUGGUUAACUAUAAUUUGCAUAUCUUAAAAGUGUGUAAAUGCUCAAAUUUCAGAAUUACUAUCAGAACUCGGAUUAACAUUCCUUUGAAUAUCUUCAUAGAGGACAACUCCUCAUUCAGUGAAGAUUAAUUUUAUUUUCCCAAAUUCUAAGGCUGGUGAAUACACAGGAUGAUUGAACUGGAAUACUAUUGGGGACCAAAGCAAAUGAAUGAUCAGAUUAUGAAACUCAUAUCCUUUUGAAGGUAGCUACAAAAGAGAUUUUUCAAAGCUGCCUUAGGCCAUUGUAGCAUCCUUAGAAAACACUCUCAUGAUCAUUAACUUCAAGCAUUACUACUCAUUUGACUAUAUAGAUGUUACUAUAUAGUUAGUUAAAAAGGUCAAUAAGUCUCAUGACUUUAUACCUUGUAUUUAAGAUGUUUUUAAAAAAUAUUUGGAUAUGUUGAUUGGGCAAAUGUAUUUGAUUAAUAAAAUAUCUAUUUAAAUAAAUCAUGAGCUUCUAUCUUCUGGCUAUUGGCAAGUUUUAAAGCCAAAAUAUAUACACAGUCAUAUAACAAAACCUAUUAACUUGCAAAAAGUAGAAUAUAUGAUUUCCUUAUUUCUAAAUAACAUUGAUCAUUUUCAAAAUAAAUUUUUAUUGAGAUUUGCCAUUAACUAUUUUAUUUCAAAGAUUGAAAUUUUGUACCAAGUGAAUCCAGGUUUCAUGUGCAAAUAUGUUGGUUCUUUUAUUUGGGGGUGGGGAAGAGGUGGGUGAUGAUGGGACUUUCCCAGUAUCCAUAAUAAACUUUUUAAAAACUCAUAAAA